AUGUCGAAUACGAAGAAUGCCAUCACCCAAUGCCCCCACCAAGACCCAACACUUUCUUCUACUCUAUCCAUAACAAACACUAGCACAGAACCCUUUCCUCAACAACAACGAUUAUACGUGUUAACCCGACAGCCCUUAACUGCACGUAACCUUGCACUCCAUACAUCUCUGAAUCCUUCGACAUGUCAAAACCGUGUUGAACGUGCGUUACAAUUUAUUGAUCGGCAAAGCUAUCUUGCUCGUAUGGAACGCAAGCUGCAAAAUGAUCUACGACAAGAAAGACGUCAAGUCCGCCAAGAGCAUCAUAAUAAUAGAGCUCGCAGUAGUAGUAGUAAAACCAGCCCCAGCCUUCAUACCACCACCGCCCAUUCCUCUUGCUCUUCUUCCAUUGAGCUACCACCCACAAAGAUCCAUCGCAUCAUGAGCCGUUUAAGCCAUCCUUUCCAUUCUCGUGGAACUUCUUUAGAAGCUAGCAGCGGUAUCUCUUCAUCCUCAUCCUCCUCCCCAACAUUAAUAGCUAUUGGCUACCAUGAAUGUAUCUAA